AUGAGAGAUAUAGGAAAUUUAGUGCAUGGAUUGAAACCAGCUUUGAUGAUGUUAAUGGUUCAAAUGGCAUUUGCUUCUGUGAAUGUUCUUUACAAACUUGCUAUUAACAAUGGAAUGAGUGUUAGGGUUCUUACUGCUUAUCGUCUCAUUUUUGCAGCAGCUACUACUAUUCCACUUGCUAUCUUUUUUGAAAGGAAGAAUAGACCAAAGCUUACAUGGAGGGUUGUUUUUAUGUCAUUCUUUUGUGGUUUAUUUGGAGGAAGUUUAUUUCAAAACUUAUAUUUCGAGUCAUUGGCAUUGAUAUCGGCGACAUUUGCUUCUGCGGUUUAUAAUCUCAUUCCGGCCGUCACUUUCAUCUUGGCCGUCUCUUUCGGUUAUGAAAGGUUGAAUUUCCAAAGAGCAGCAGGGAAGGCUAAGGUGUUAGGAACAAUUACAGGAAUUGGAGGGGCAAUGAUGUUAACAUUUCUCAAAGGUGUUGAAAUUAAUAUUUGGACCUUCCACAUUAAUCUCUUGCAUAAGGGUAAAAAUGGAACAAUAAAUGAUGACUCUGGUAGUAAACUGUUGGGUAUCUUUUUUGGGCUUGGAAGUUGCUUCUGCUUUGCAUUAUGGCUCAUCAUUCAGGCUAAAAUGAGCAAAGAAUAUCAAGGUCAUUACUCAAGUUCUGCAUUGAUGAACUUAAUGGGGGCCACUCAAGCUACAAUUUUUGCCCUUUGUAUGGAGAAAGAUUGGAGCCAAUGGAGAUUAGGUUGGAGUAUUAGGCUUCUAACUGCAGCAUAUUCAGGAGUUGUGGCUUCUGGAUUAAUGAUUGUUGUGAUUGCAUGGUGCGUAGGGAUGAGAGGUCCACUAUACGCCUCAGUUUUUAACCCUUUGAUGUUAGUGCUAGUGGCCAUUGCUGGUUCUUUGAUGUUGGAUGAGAAUCUAUAUUUAGGAAGUGUAAUUGGAGCAGUGUUGAUAAUGGUUGGAUUGUACAUGGUGUUAUGGGGCAAGAGCAAAGAAAUGAAGAAAGUGACUCAUUUAGAAAUCACUUCUGAAACCGAAGAAAUCGAGAUUGUUGUCUUGUCGAACACCACCGGUGACGGCAAUAGCAAGAUCGAGAGCAACAUUGUUGACAAGAAUGAUGAACAUGAAGCUGAAAAUAAUGGAAAUGAAGAAUUGGUUUCAAGUCUUCAAGUGAAGUCUUGA